AUGGUCCAACUCGCCCACAUCUUCAAAAAGGACAAGGAUAAGGAUAAGACCGAGAAGAACAAACCUGAUCUACGUCCGUCUCGAUCUUCCUUCUCCGCUUCGCGCACAUCUCCAUCUCCGAAGUCGCCCUCCAAAUCCCCAACCAAGCCACCUACCAAAUCUCCCUCCAAAUCAUCGUCCCCCACCAAAUCUCCCAAACCUGCCAAACAAUCAUACUUUUCUCUCAGUCGGUCAUCCUCCAAUUCCGGACCGACCGCCAAUUUCAAGUUUGCCCGGUCUUCGCGUGACCAGGACAUACAUCCACUCAAUCUCCCACCUGACGAGCUACGUCGUCGAUUGUCCGCCAUGGCAGCAUCCAACGAAGAGCAGCAGAACUUCAUGGAUAUUGAUCCCAAGGAACCCCAGAUUGAUGCUGUGAAGGAUGAUGUCAAGAAUGAUGCCCUGAAGACUGAUGCUGCGAAGAUUGAUGCGGUGAAGACUGAUGCGGUGAAGACUGAGACGGCGAAGACCGAUGCUGUGAAGAAAGAUGCCGUGAAGGAAACUGAGGAGCGGAGUCCGACUCCGCCACCGCACCAGUCGAAUAUAUCUUCUGCCGACGAGGCCGACUCCUUCAAGUUGGCCGGAAACAAGUUCUUCAAGGAUGGCAAUUAUCGACGAGCUAUCGAUGAAUACAACAAGGCCAUCGAGAUCAAUCCCAACUCACCAGUCUAUCUCUCUAACCGAGCGGCGGCUUACAUGUCCGCCAAACAAUUCCCGAAUGCGUUGCAGGAUGUUCAACGUGCCAGCGAGCUCGAUCAUGGCAACCCGAAGAUCAUGCACCGAUGGGCUAAGAUUCUGACGAAUUUGGGUCGUCCUGCAGAGGCCCUAGAGGUGCUGUCACGUAUCCAGCCACCAGCCACUGCCACCGACCGGGCAGCCGCAGAGAAGAUGCUACGCUUCGUCACGCAAGCCGAGCGGACAAUAGCGGAAGACCGCGGUGUGUCGAUGGUGAUCUACUGUCUAGACCAGGCACGCCAAGGGCUCGGACAAGGUGUCCGGGAGCCCCGCAAGUGGACGCUUAUGGCCGCCGAGGCUCAUCUGAGGCUGAACAACAUCAACUCGCUAGGCAGAGCACAGGACAUUGCAAUCAACUUGCUGCGCGAGAACAGCCAGGACCCGGAUGCGAUGAUGAUCCGUGCCCGCGCCUUCUAUGCCCUCGGUGAAACCGAGCAGGCACAGAAGGUUCUGAAGAUGUGCCUCGGGCUGGACCCGGACAUGAAGCAGGCCAUCAAGCUACUGCGCAUUGUGCAGAAGUUGUCUCGCACAAAAGAGGAAGGAAACACCGCUUACAAGGCCAGGGACUAUCGCCGUGCUAUCGAUCUUUGGGCACAGGCUCUCGAGGUUGACCCCUCCAACAAGGAUAUGAAUGCCAAGAUUCUGGGUAACCGUGCCCAGGCUUAUAUCAACUUGAAGGAGUAUGAUUCUGCCAUUCAGGACUGUACCGAAGCGCUCCGUCUCGACCCCGGGUAUACGAAGGCUAUGAAGUACCGUGCCAAGGCCCAGGGCAAGGCCGGUAACUGGGAGGAGGCUAUUCGUGACUAUAAGAGCGUUGCUGAGAACAACCCCGGCGAGAGCGGCAUUGCGGAGGAGAUCCGCGAAGCUGAAUUCGAGCUGAAGAAGUCUCAACGCAAAGACUACUAUAAGAUUUUGGGAGUCGAGAGUGAUGCCAGCGAACAGGAAAUCAAGAAGGCCUACCGCAAGUUGGCUAUUCUAUAUCACCCAGAUAAGAACCGUGACGGUGCAGCCGGCGAUGAGAAGUUCAAGGAAAUUGGUGAAGCCUAUGAGAAUUUGAUUGAUCCUCAGAAACGUGCUGCUUUCGAUAACGGAGACGAUCUGAGGGACCCAGCUGACAUGUAUGGCGGCGGUGGUUUCCCCGGUGGUGGAGGUUUCGGCGGCUUCGGUGGCGGCGUUCACCACAUCGAUCCCGAUGUUCUUCGAAACAUGAUGAACGGCGGCGGCUCCUUUGGUGGCCACGGCGGCUUUUCAUUCUAG